AUGGGGUAUAACAGCAAUUUGAACACUAAUGGAACAGUACCAUGCACUCCAAGCACUGUAGAGAAAACAAAAGAGGAAGGGAAGCAAAUGGAAACUCAAGCACAAACAUGGGCAAAUGUGGUGGUUGGAAACAAAUUGGCUAUGAAGGGCAUGAACCUGCAAUUUAUUGCCCCAAUUGUGCAAAAUGGAGAGAAAAUGGUGAAAAUCGAAGGAGAAGAUGUAGAGCAGGAGACAGCAAAGUGGAAGAAUGCUAUUGUCAUCUAUGUAAUAGGUGAUUCUCCCUCAAUUGGAGCCAUGGACAGAUUUGUGCAUUCACUGGGGAAAUACUCAAAGAAGCCUCAAAUAUACUACCAUAAUGAGGAUUAUUUCAUCAUUAGAUUCAUUAGUUCUGAGGAGAGGGACCGAAUUCUGUACUCAGGACCUCAUACGAUCAAUAAUAGACCAAUAAUUAUGAAGGCAUGGUUGGAGGAGUUCAACCUUCAUGAUGAGGUGUUAAAGACAAUUCCAUUGUGGGUUAAAUUGCCUAAUCUACCUGUAAAUUGGUGGAGUAUGACAGCACUAAGCAAAAUAGGUAGUGCUUUAGGUAACCCCAUCUAUGUUGAUGAGUGUACGACUGAUGCAGUGAGAGUGUCAUAUGCAAGACUAUUAGUUGAAAUGGAUAUCACAAAGCCACUUCCAAGACAAAUAAAAUUGCAGGAUCCUAAAGGGAGGGAGAUGAUGCAGAUGGUGGAGUAUGACUGGGAGCCCAAAUAUUGCAACAAAUGCUUGAAAAUAGGUCAUGAAUGUACUGAAAACAGGAAGCCAAUACAGCAGAAGAAGAAAAAUAAAGGGAGAAUGGCAUGGGUCAGAGUGGAUAAAGAAGAAUAUAAUGAAACUAAGGAGAAUGAUCAAAAAAUAGAGAGUUCAGAACAACCAAGGAUUGAGGCAGAACAAGGAAAAGAUGGAGUGCAAAGCAAGGAUGCAUGGUGGAUAACAGUAGUAGGCAAAUCUGCAGCAAGAACCGGUACAGCAAAACAGAAAGAAGUUCAUAGCAUUGAUGAAGCUAAUACUUUUCAGAGUUUGAUGUAUGAUCAUAGGAAUAAAAUAGCAGGAACAAGUCAGAUCAGUAGCCAAGGAGAUCAAGGGAGUGUCAUUUUGGGCGGCUUUGAAGCAUCGCCGCCGGCGGAGACGGUUUCCGGCCGGCGGCUUAAGGCGGAGGGUAGCGGAGACGGACAGGGUACGAGGAAGGAGACCUUUGUCUCUAGGGUUCUGGGAAAAAUCACGUGCUCACAAGAAGUUAAGGAGUUUGUUAGAAUAAAUAAUAAAGCUAUAAUAGCUAUAGUAGAGCACAGAGUUAAGGAAUUGAAAGCCAUUGCUAUAAUCAGGAAGAUUGCUCCAAGACAGGAAUGGGUAUCUAAUGCUAAAACAGGAAACAAAGGAAGAAUUUGGAUAAUGUGGGAUCCUAGAAUCUAUAUCUUUGAUCCUAAGGAAAUGGAUGAACAAUUUAUUCAUGGGCAGGUUAGAGUGAAGUCAAGGCCAGUUAAUUUUGGUUUCACAGCUGUUUAUGGAUUACAUACUAUCAAAGACAGGAAACCUUUAUGGGAUAAACUGAGGCAAAUAAAUAGUAUUCAACAAGGUCCUUGGUUGGUAAUGGGGGAUUUUAAUGCAGUUCUUCAUAUAACAGACAGACAACAUGGAUCAGAAGUGCAGGACAUGGAAAUGAAAGAUUUUAAGGAAUACAUGAUGGACACAGGCAUGAAUGAAUUACCAUCAGUGGGAAGGGACUAUACAUGGACCAAUAAUCAUACAUAUAGUAGGAUAGAUAAGGGGUUGGUGAACACUGAGUGGAUGAUGAUAAUGCCAAGCAUGAAAAUACAGGUAUUAAAGCCAUUGAUAUCUGACCACUCUCCAUUAAAGCUGAUGAUCACACAGGGGCAUACAAAGAAAUGCAGACCAUUUAGAUUUUUGAAUUGCAUUGCUGAUCACCCUCAAUUUAUCCAACUGGUUCAAAGUGCUUGGAAAGAGGAAAAGGAAACUAGAAAGAUGCAAAGAGUGUGGCAGAAACUGAAAAGAACUGAGGAGCUCAUCAAGGAACUAAAUACACAGCAUUACAAAGGGCUGGAUGGGAAAAUUAAAGAGGCAAGGAUAGAGUUACAGACAAUACAGGAAGACAUGGGUAAUAGAAGGCAUGACACUGUGCUAAUUGAGAAAGAGAGGAUAUUGAAGCAGGAGUUAGAAAAAUAG